AAUUAAAUGAUAAUUAGUUACUAUAUAAGUAUCUUACCAGCAUAUACUUGGGUAUAGUUUCGAGAUGAAUUUAUUACUGCUGAUUCUUGUUGUAACUCUUGGUUUUGUGGCCACCGAGGAGGAGCCAGGAGCUAUUGAAUUACUUGAUCAUAGAAUUGUUGGUGGUAGAAAUGCCAGUAUUUGUGAUUAUCCAUAUCAAGCUUCUGUUCAAUACUUGGGAAGACAUAUUUGUGGAGGAGUUAUAAUAGGACCUAAAUGGGUUAUUACUACUGCCCGUUGUCUCGUGAGAUUUGACGUCAGAGAUUUAAAAGUCAGGGUUGGUAGUUCGUAUUGGGCUUUUGGUGGCCAAUUAAUUAAUAUAAGAAAAACGUAUAUACAUCUUAUGUACAAUGUUUCGGGGUUGGAUUACGAUAUAGGCCUUACAGAACUUGAUGGUGAAAUUAAGGUUCCUUGUGCUAGACCCGUAACUUUGCCCAACCCAAAUACCCCAAUUUUUCCAGGUUCCAAUGGAGUUGUAACUGGCUGGGGUAGAACAAUUGAAGGAGGAUCCCUAUCCUCUCAACUUCAAGUUUUAUAUCCUUUUCCAAUUCUGUCUCCACAAGUAUGUUGUAGGGCUUAUGGCUGUCCUCCGUUCACAGAAAGAAUGGUAUGUGCUGGAAUAAUAGAAGGAGGUAAAGGAGUAUGCCACGGAGACUCUGGUAGUCCUUUGGUUGUUAACAAAGUGUUAAUUGGUCUUGUUUCCUGGGGAUAUGGAUGUGCAAGACCAAAUUAUCCUGGUGUAUUUACCAAUGUAGCUGCUUUUAUCUCUGACUUUGCUAAAAUUUCUGGAAUUCAGAUAGAACCAAAACAUGAAUAAUAUUAAUUUAGACAUUUAGGUACAUUGUUGGGUUGUUAUUGUUAUUAUAUUAAAGUAGUUGCUGUAA